GCCGAGGGGCCGCGGCUCUGCGCGGGGCGGCGGCUCUGCGCGGGGCGGCGGAGCUGCGGCCGGCGGAGCUCAUCGCAUGAGUGGUGAAUCGGGGCCGCGGGAGGGAAGAGCCUCUGCUCGCCCCGGCUUGGCCCCGUGUUCUCUGAGCAGGGCGCCGAAGCGCGGACUCCGAGUGUGUGCUCCCGGGAUGCAAGGGCUGGCUGGAGAUGGAGGCACGGCUGGCUGAAGGACGGGGGGUUGAGGGGAGUCUGCUAGGAGCCCUGGCAGGGGUGGUGGCCAGGGCGGGGUGUUUCAGCUAAAAGCCUCGUAUUGCUGGCCAGUGCCAUGUGUUACCAAGAAUCCCCUUGCUCAAGAUGGCAGUGGUUUUGAUAGGUGAGCAUUUUGUUGGCAACCUGCGAAGUGGAAAUUCCUUCUUGACUUGCCUAAAGAUUUUUGUGAUUUUCCUCGUAACGCAACUGGAUCACGUGCAUGGUCUGGAUUGUGGGCUAGGAGAAUAUGCCAUAGGUGCUGAGUGCUGCCCGAUGUGCGCUGCUGGACUUCGGGUUUUCAAGCAUUGUACCGCAAAUUCCAGCACAACAUGCAUACCUUGUGCUGAGGAUACAUACACAGAUCACCCAAAUGGUCUAGAACACUGCAGGAAAUGUAAACUGUGUGAUAAAGGAGCCAAUCUGAUGCCAGAAACAGUAUGUACCUCUACGAAGAACACAGUAUGUGGCUGUCCCCCAGGAUAUUUCUGCAGUUACUUGGGGACUGAAGACUGUGAAUUUUGCCAGCGCUACACUGUCUGCUUUCCUGGCACUAUGGUGAAAGAAAGGGGCACAAAGACCACUGACACUGUAUGUGAAGCUUGUCCCCCUGGAACCUUCUCAGCAGCCAACAUGUCAUAUAACUGUACACCAUGGCCUGGGCUUAAGGAGAACGGCCUCGUACAGGAAAAGGAAGGGACGCCUUCUUCAGAUACAGUUUGUUCAAAUUGCCACCCUGUUACUGUUAUUGUUUGUGCUGUUGCUGGAAUCACACUAGUUGUUGUUGCAUCUGGCCUUAUGUAUAUCUGGCAAAGGAGGAAGAGGAAAAAUUACAUGCCACCGGUGCAGGAAUCAGAGAGUGGACAGCAGGGUCAGGCACUGAUAAGGACCAUGAAGGAUGGGGAUCAAACAGUUGUUCCUGCAGAGGAGACUGGUGCCAAUUCUGAAGAAGCCAAUACCUGAAUAGCCAUUUUUGUCUGAACUGUUGUAGUCAAUGGAGAUGGCAAAGAAAAAUUUUCCCAAACGUUCACUAGGAAGAAGACAGCUUAUUGACUUGGAAAUAAAAAGGAGGCUCUCCAGAGGAGCUCAGGAAAUAGCCAGCUCUAAUGGUAUCUUCUAAAGCGUCAGAGCUGAGUGAUCAAGGACACAGCACUGGUCAAUACCGUCAGAAGUUUUAAGCUCCUUCCUUUUCACCCUCACUUUAUCAAAUAGUGAUCUGUGUGGUGCUUCAGGCAUUUCUUGAUUAAUAUACCUGGAGUUUCUUUCUUUCUUUCUUAACAGCUUGGACAGUAAUUACUUGGUAUGCAGGAAAUUAUUCCAAAAUGUCUCUGUGGAAAAAGAUUAUAUAUAUAUUUUUUGUUUUAAAGACACUAUAUAACAUCUACAUAACACAUUUCCCAAAUUAAUUUUGUACAUAUUUUACCUUUUAAAAAGUGAAGAUUGAUGGGAAAAGGAAUCCGGUACUGAAAGAAACAGGUAGCUUUUAAUCACGCUUCAUGAAUGAAAUGUACACACUCACUGUCUUUUGCUAGUCACCUCUGCUUGAAUCUGUGCCAUGUGUUAAAGCAAAAAAAAGUUAAGGUCUCACAUGAACAUGAUGUCUAGAAAUAAAGUUCUUAACAAUGAA